AUGAAGCUUAAAACUAGAGAAGUUUUUGGUACUAAUUUAAAUGGCAAGAAGUUAAUACCGGUCCUCCAGAAACUUGGGAAAGCUGAUGAGACCAAAGAUGAACAGUUUGAAGAAUAUGUCCAGAACUUCAAACGACAAGAAGCAGAGGGUACGAGACUUCAACGAGAACUCCGGGGAUAUUUAGCAGCUAUCAAAGGCAUGCAGGAGGCCUCAAUGAAGCUCACUGAAUCCCUCCAUGAAGUCUAUGAACCUGAUUGGUAUGGGCGAGAAGAUGUGAAAAUGGUUGGUGAGAAAUGUGAUGUUCUGUGGGAAGACUUCCAUCAAAAACUAGUGGAUGGUUCCUUGCUGACACUGGAUACUUAUCUGGGCCAAUUUCCUGACAUAAAGAAUCGCAUUGCAAAGAGGAGCAGGAAACUAGUGGAUUAUGACAGUGCACGCCACCAUCUAGAAGCUUUACAGAGCUCCAAAAGGAAGGACGAGAGUCGUAUCUCCAAGGCAGAAGAGGAAUUUCAGAAAGCGCAGAAAGUGUUUGAAGAGUUUAACGUCGACUUACAAGAAGAGUUACCGUCAUUAUGGUCAAGACGAGUUGGAUUUUAUGUCAAUACUUUCAAAAAUGUUUCUAGCCUCGAGGCCAAGUUUCAUAAGGAGAUUGCAGUGCUUUGCCACAAACUGUAUGAAGUGAUGACGAAACUGGGUGACCAGCACGCCGACAAGGCCUUUACCAUCCAAGGAGCUCCCAGACAUACUACAAGGAAAGGGCCUCCUGUCCCACCUCUGCCUAAAGUCACCCCAACAAAGGAGCUCCAGCAAGAGAACAUCAUCAAUUUCUUCGAAGACAACUUUGUUCCAGAAAUAAGCGUGACGACACCUUCCCAGAAUGAAGUCCCUGAAGCAAAGAAAGAGGAGACUUUGCUGGAUUUGGACUUUGACCCAUUCAAGCCUGAGAUCGCAUCUGUGGGUUCUGCUGGUGUGACCCACUCACCCAUGUCCCAGACACUGCCCUGGGACCUAUGGACGACAAGCACUGAUUUGGUACAACCGGCUUCUGAUGGUUCAUUUAAUGGAUUUGCACAGCCUCAGGAUACAUCAUUGUUCACAAUGCAGACAGACCAGAGUAUGAUCUCUAAUUUGGCUGAACCUGAACAAGCUCAACCCACAGAGCCGAGCCUAGAAGAGCCUCCUGUCUCCGCUGCGCCUGCUGCUGGCCUGGCACCGGGACUGGAUGCUCAGCCUGAGGAGCCCGAGGAGGAGGCAGUGGUUGUACCUGGAACUGAUGCUGAUGAUGCAGCUGCUGGAGCCUCGGCCUCUGCAGCUGAAGGCGCCCUGGUGGAGGAAGCCGAGAAAGAGGAGGCGGCUAUCCCUGUGGAUGAAGGAAUAAGUUUGGAGGAGCCCAAAGCCGAUACUGAGACCACAGAGGCUGCAGAGAGUGACAGCCCUGCUCCGGAAGAAACCCAAGCUGCCGUGCCUCAGGACAAGGUCAUCCCUUCCGUGGUUAUAGAACCAGCUUCCAACCAUGAGGGAGAGGGAGAACACGAUGCACCCAUUGAAAGGAGGACUAUAAUUUCCAAAGAUAUUUAUGAGCCUUUUCCUCUAAAAAUACAGUUAAACGUCACUGCUUUUGAGCUUCACCAGGAUGCAUAUUUUUUGCGUGGCUCAUUGGAACCUGAAUCCCUUGUCUUUACCUUACAGGAUGCAGGCUGGCUGGUGGGAGUGAAGGAAUCAGACUGGCUUCAGCACAAAGACCUUGCUGCCUACAAAGGCCUCUUCCCAGAGAACUUCACCCGACGCCUGGAUUAGGGCCACAAGUAUUACAGGAAGUGCUUGCCUGCUGGGUUUUUAAACCUUCACAGAAACCCGAUGCGUUCACUUUUGCUAUUAUACUAUUAGUGAGUUACAGACUGAUGCCAGACAAAGCUUGGAAAGACAUCUCCAAGGAGCAUGUGUGCAAAACAGUAUAAAAAGAAAAAAAAAAGUGAAUUAAGGGGGGGAAAACGUCCUCACUUGUUCCCACAAGUAAUUAGUAAUUGGUAAUUAGGUUGUUUGUGCUUUGUCCGAGCUGUGGUGACUCUUGUACUUGAUCCCCACCCCCACCACUUCUGAAUUAGCUUCCUCCAGACGAGGUCCAGAACUGCCCCGCACCAAGUGUGGUCCUGAGUUGCUGCCCGUGCAGAAGCCGUGAUGAGUUCUCCUGUAGUCCAAGGUGUUCUGAACCCCGCCCCCCGCGGAUGUGAGCACGUGCGCUCCCCCAGCCCUUCUCGAGUUUACUGUGUUCAAAACUAAAUUGCUGCAACGUUUUCCAUGUUCUUUACCAAUGCAACUGCAUAUGUAUGUGGAUAUAUGCACACACAGUCACACAGGCUGGUUCCCAUGCCUCCUGGAUCUAUGCGUAUGCGGAAGUCUACAUACGCAUAGCUGAAUCUUCUCCUUCUGAUCUUGGCCUUUGCCGCUCCAGUGUCAUUGAUACAUGCAUUGCUCUUCUUCUGUCUGGCAUUACAAUUGCAGUUUUGCCUCCGGGCAAAUCCAGCCAUCUCAUUGCCAAAACAGUGGACAGUAUCUGUGUUUGUAAUGUGCAUUCUGCAGGGUGAGAUGACGAACAGCAAGUCAGAGCGGCAGCUCCCUUUAGAGACAGCAGUGCCUGCUUAUCUUGAAGUCCAGCUGCUGGAGCUGGAGAUAGACCGGUGGGAUGGCCAGCUAAGUAGUCUUAGUGUCUAUUUUGUUGAGACUGGCUAGAUAAUGGAGCAUAUAAAUCCACCCCCAUCCCCACCCCACAAAAGAAAAGAACACUAUUUAAAAAAAAAAAAAGCUCCUAUAUAUUUUCACCUCUUUCUAUUUAUGCAACUCAUCUUCACGGGUUGUCCUAAAAUAAGAUAGCUGAUGUAUGCUGUAUCAACAAGUCAUCUGUAACAAUUAUGUUUUCAGUGUUGUGUCAUUUCAAAUAAACCUUUGGUGAACUCCAA